UACCUGAGGCGCCAUCACCCCAACCGAACCGAUCAGAGAAAAUGGCGGCGAUCUCCUCCACCGCCUACUUCUCCUCGCAGCCGCAGCUCCCGGCCUCCACCGCGGACCCUGCCACCACCACCACCGCGAGCAGAGGGCUGGCGCGGCAGCCGCGCCGGAGCUGCAGCUUCGUGAUGGUCGAGGCGUCCUCCAACACCGGCGGCGCGGUGGUCAGGACGAGGAGCCUCACGGAGGACGACCUGGAGGACCUCAAGGGCUGCCUCGACCUGGGCUUUGGGUUCGCGUACAGCGAGAUCCCCGAGCUCUGCGGGACGCUGCCCGCGCUCGAGCUCUGCUACUCCAUGACCCGGAGGUUCCUCGACGAGCAGAGGGCGCCGGGCCACGAGCAGGAGGAGGAACAGGAGAACGCGGCGACACCCCUCCCGAAUUGGAGGAUCUCUGGACCUGGAUAUUCAUGCUGGAUACUGCUAGUGUUUUGUUUCAAAACAUUACGCACCCCAACUGAGGGUGGAAGUGUGGGAUGAGCCCGUCAGGAAAAAUAAUAUUGAAGGUCAUGAAGAUCACCCCAGCAUCUUUUUUCUUUUGUAGGAUCGUCAUAGUAUAUAAAGAAUCCGAAAAAAAGUAUUAAUCACCUGUUGGUAGAUUUCUGACUUGGUGUAUGGUUGGAUGUCUAAUUUCAAUUGUCCUGUUUUCUGAUGAAUUAAAUGCUCUUUCAGCUGCUAUACGAUUUGCUCCAUUCAAUUGAUGCAUCAUGUUUUUAAAAAUUCUAUGUAGAGUGCUGAAUCCCUCAUAAUAGUUCGCGACGAGUUAUUUUUUCAAGAAUACUUUGCAACAGUUUUAAGAACUGUAGGAUGUGUUGGGGAGUGGAUUAGUGUGUCUCUUUAAGAACUUCCUUCUUCACACCUCGAAACGUCGGUUUUAGGAGGAUACUGCCAUAUUGAUUUGGUCCUUUUAUUUUUGAUGGGUUGUUUUGCAUUUUGCCUUGAUGACUGUUGCAUGGAUAAGAAAACCCUUUCCUUCCGACUCCAUCUCAUAAAAGGAACAGGGAUGGUACAGGUACACACUCCAAGAUUCUACCUACAUUUUUGUUGUCGUCCGUUCCAUGGUUUUUGUGGCAUCUAAAUUCGAUACCGAGUGAAAAGAAAGAAAAUUUCCAUCAUUUUUUAUUCAUAGUGGAGGAGGAAAACGAUAGUGGCAUUACUGGUUGCAUCACAGUAUAGAAGCAGGGAGACUGAGCAUACAUUUUCUCAUGGAUGUCACUUUUCUUUAGUACUAAGUGCAGAAGUGCUAAGUGCUAACUGUCUUCUUCAAGACAAUCUUCACGACAAAGCAAAGCAAAACUAGGCUCCACUGAAUUAUGCUAUCUCCUUUCCAGCACACGUUUCCUCCUCAAAAGAAGUAACGUAAAUUUGAAGAAGCAUUAUUCUACCUUUACCAAAGGUCCGUUUUUGUAAGUCGCAAAAAAGGGCUCACUUUUGUAUCAGGGAAAACAAGAAAAAACUGUGGGGAGCCUAUGUCCUCCAUGAGACUGUAUAUUGCCCCUUGAAUCCUGGGAUUAUGUUGUGUUUGUGAUUGAUUUUCUUAUGUAAAAGACCUGUUGUUCUUUGCUGAUCAGUAUUUGCU